AUAAUAAAUAUUUUAUUAAGUGAUUUAAGUAACACAACACAACCAGAAUAGUUAAUACACUUCGAGAUAGUGACUCUGACGAUAAUGUAGAAUUGGUGUAUUCGAUAUUACAUAAAAAAAAAAGAAAACGGACAUCCAGGCUCCUGUCAUGACAGUUGGAUCUUAUAAAACUCUCCUAUUUAUAUGCGACUACCAUCGAACUGUGGAGAAUACUAUCUACUAGCUGAUUCCGCAUACCCCUGUACACAACACAUCAUUACGCCAUAUAAAGACAACGGGCGUCUUACUCGUGCACUAAAGAAUUUCAAUAGAAAAUUGGGGUCAGGUCGAAUACUAAUAGAAAAUGCAUUUGGUAUUUUAAAACAACGUUUUAGACAGCUGUUCUUCUGUAAAUUAAAAGGAGUUGAAAAACCGUGUCACUUUAUAAGAGCAUGUUGCGUUUUGCACAAUCUUGCAAAUGAAAACAACUUAGAAUUCACAUUUUCAGAACAAUCUGAGGAAGAUAAUGAUGUCAACAACCACAUCCCUUUUAGAUCAAGUAUCGUUAGAGAUUCGAUUUGGAAUGAAUUACAAACAGAAAAUAACUUGUAUUAA